AGGGAGGCAGCAGGAGGAGGCGAAGGAGGGUCUCGCGUGGGAGAGGCGGCGGCGGCGGCGGCGGCGUUUGCCUGCGCUUCUGGAGCGGCGACUUUGGCGAGGGAGCCUCGCGCCGUGGAUGGAUGCGCCCAGGAUGCGGUGGGGAGGAGGAUGCCCGCCCGGAGGAUGGGACAGAUUGAAAAGAAAUGCAUGUCCAAAGGAAUAGGUUUAAUUGGGUCGAGGCUGGAAAAGAAUCCUGGAAGGAAGAGUGACUGUAUGGAGCAUAGAAGAUUUCUUCCCAGUGGCUGAGUAAUGGUAAAGUUGUGAACAACCAUCUGCUGGAUUGUGGGCUUCUCAAUGGCAAGUUGUGGUUUCUUGGAGUGGUGCCUCCAUGGCACACGUGGAUUUAGUGUACUUCACCAUGGAGAACAGUCAGACAGAUCGGUCCCACAGCGUAGACCCAAAUUUCCACUCUCCCCCAUGUUGGGGGCAACCCAGUGAAAGAGAAGGACAGAUUAACCCACUAGCUAUGGAAGCUGAAUAUAGUGAUGGGCAGAGCAAAGCCACCAGGAGGGGUCUCCAAGAAGACAUGGUUGGUCCUCCUCGAUCUUCUGCUGGUGCAUCAUCGCUGAUUUCGGAGGUUGAGGUGGUCUGUCAUCCCAGCCUCCUACAAGAAAAUAAAGCAAAGGAUCAAAAGAGAGCCUGCUGCUGUGAAUCAGAGACCUCCUUCACAUGUGUGGAUGAGAACGUCAACAAUCUAGACCACAAGAGAAGUUCGGGCCACCAGAGUUGCUGCCAUGACCCAGAUCUUCAUCCUGACCCUUGUGGAGAGAUGAGCCUUGAGUGGGCCUACAACCCGGCCUCCUUGGCUUCUGAGGAAGAUGAUGAAGCCGGCUCAGAAGCUGCUGGUGGCAAGUCCAUUGAUUAUGGAUUUGUAAGCGCCAUCAUCUUCCUGGUUACUGGGAUUUUGUUGGUGAUCAUUUCCUAUGUGAUUCCCCGGGAUGUGACUGUGGACCCCAGCACAGUGGCAGCAAGGGAGAUGGAGCGGCUAGAGAAUGAGAGUGCCCGAAUUGGGGCUCACCUGGACAGGUGUGUCAUCGCCGGGCUCUGCCUCUUGACCCUGGGGGGCGUGGUGCUCUCCAGUUUGCUCAUGAUGUCAAUGUGGAAAGGCGAACUCUAUAGGAGUCACCGGUUCGCGGCUUCCAAAGAAUCGGCCAGACUGUAUGGCUCUUUCAAUUUCCGGGUCAAAUCCUCUCCGAAUGAUAAUAUGGAGCUGUCAUUGGUUGAGGAGGAUACACUUGCCAUAGAUAGUUAGGUGGGCCUUGAUGCUCUGAGGUUGUGAUAGAAUGGGAGCUGGGGGAUUUUUCCUCCUGUUUGGUAAAGCAAAUUAAAUUUAAAAGAGCUUGUAACAUCUGUAAGAACUCUCUAUUCCUAGUACAUUAAAAUGGAAAAUGUGCAUUAUAUAGGGCAAAAUGACAAAAAGGGAGAGAAUAUAAAAUUAAUCUGUACUAUCAAGUUUUAAUUAAGACCUCAGUAAGGGCGCAUCUACAAUGUAGAAUUAAUACAGUUUGACACCACUUCAACUGCCAUGACUCUAUGCUAUGAAAUCCUAGGCUUUGUAGUUUGGCAUGGCACUAGCACUCUUUGAAAGAGAAGACUAAAGAACUUGUAAAGCUACAAUUCCUAGGAUUCCAUAGCAAUGAGCCAUGCCAGCUAAAUUGGUAUCAAAUAGCAUUAAUUCUACAGUGCAGAUGCACCAUAACAGUGGCUCCCACUAAGCUUUUGGAAAACAUUCAGUAUGUGCCAGUGAAACUGGUGUUGUUCAGGACUAGUCAGUAUAUACAGUAUAUGUAGGCAUCUGGUUUGAUAGGCUCCUUCUUCAUCAGUGGGGAUAACUGAGAACUUGGAAAAUGACAUUUAAGAAAAAUAAACAUAAUGGUAUUCUGGAUCCCAGAGCACUAGCUUGUUACAAUUCAGGUAUGGAUGAGUGCCUUUUACCAUAUUUUUAUAAUUUGUCUUCUUAAAAGUCACUUUCCAAGUUGGCAGUAGUUAGACCAGAGCACAGAAACAGUAAAAGGGUUAUUGGCACCCUUGGGCAUCACUCAGUGGGGGGUUGAGACCUGCCACUUUAAUUUUCCACCAUACAGAUUUCAUGGUGAUAUGGGAACUUUAUGGGGAAUCUAAAUCAUGGCUCCCCACUGGGAACUUCCAUUUCAAUUUUCCACAACUCCUUGCAAUUUCACUAUAUUGGGGCAUUAUGAGAAACUGGUGGUAGAGCCAGUGGAACAGGAUGGGGACCAUAUUCAAUGAGACACUCACUAGGCUAAAGUUGCUCUGGAUAGUACUGAAGGGUAAUGGAAGCUGCUAAGACAGGAUUAAUUGGUAACUUGCAUGUGAGAAUCAGUAAUCUCCAACUGAUGACGGAGCAGUGCAGUGCAGUGCAGUGCUUUCCAAUGGAAGGAAGGUGUCAUAUCUGCUACAGGUUGCCUUGUAUGUAAAUAAUCAAGGGCAAAGAUUUUCCGUGAAGUUGAUUAUUUAUUUAUUAUUUAUUCUAUUAAACUAUUUAUAUCCUG